CGCGGUGUUUGUAUCCACGAGCGGGCGCGAACCGGGACGUGUUCCUGGCCGGCGGCGUCUCGUCUCCUUGUUGCCGGCUCGUCUAUAAUUCCCGGGACCUCCGGGCCCAGCAGCAUGACGUCUGCCUUGGAGAACUACAUCAACCGAACUGUUGCUGUUAUCACUUCUGAUGGGAGAAUGAUUGUGGGAACACUAAAAGGUUUUGACCAGACCAUUAAUUUGAUUUUGGAUGAAAGCCACGAGAGGGUGUUCAGUUCUUCGCAAGGAGUCGAACAAGUCGUAUUAGGAUUAUACAUUGUGAGAGGUGACAACGUAGCGGUCAUUGGAGAAAUUGACGAGGAGACGGACUCUGCGCUCGACUUGGGGAACAUCCGAGCAGAACCUCUGAACUCCGUUGCACACUGAAGACUCAGACUGCUUAGAUGUCUGUAAAUCCUGUACAGAAACUGCUUGUCCUGAAGAUGAUGUUGAGAUUUUUUUAUGAAUGUGUAAUUGUGGAUUUUGACUUUGUGUUGGUUCAUUGUAAUAUGUAAAUUUAAAUAUUUCUACAUUUUUAUUGGGAAACAUUGCCUAAAUUAAUAAAUGUGGUUGCCUGGUUUAUUUUUCUACUAAAUGAUAUAAAACUCUAAGGAUCAUUUUGAAAACUUUGCAAAUACUAUUGCGUUUGGUAAUUUAAUAUUUAUGGAAAUUGGCUGUAAAAAGAACUUGGGCUAUUAUUAUAACUUAUACAUGCAAAUAAUAGUAAUAAAAGAGACACAUUUCAAAAAAAAAGAGACACAUUUCUUACCUUUUUUUUUUUUUUAAUAAAAUAACUAGACAAUAAAUUGUCUUCUACAAGUACCUGAGUUGUACCUGAGAUGUUUAUCCCACUGCUCUCUAGAUCUACGGUGGUUGAAAAACUUGAUCCUUAGGUCUAAGAGAUGUGAAUAUACAAUUUGGUUGAGUAGUGAAAAACUGCACGCGUAAGUUGCAACGAAAAUGAAUAGGAAAGAGUGACCAGGAGGACGUCGAUAAAUCUUCAGAUGCCUAGUAAGGUCCCAGAAUUUAGUGUCUGAAAACAGAUUCUGCGUAUCUUAAAUACUGUUGUGCUGCUGAAUCUUUUAAAAAAGUGUGGGGAAUGUCUGCCGUUACAGGAGUUUUGUACAGUGUGGGUAUUGACUUCAGUCCAGAGCAGUGCUCUGCUGUGUCUCCAUUCGCUCGUUCCAUUGAGCUGGUCUCAUAAAAAAAAAAAGUUGUCUCAGAGAAUUCAUGGAAGCAGUGUUGGAGGUCGAUUUCAUAGUGUACGCAUUUAUAGUUUUAUGUGUGGGCCAAAAUGGGUAUCUUUGGAUCAAACAGAAAAGUGUGUAUUAUA